AUUCGGUUUGGGAACGUAAGUUUAAACGGGGGCGGGCUUUGAUUUAAAACAUUCUUUCAGUAAUCAGUAAGUGUUGAAGACUGCAUUAAACACAACCGUACCACAGAUCUGACACGAUGGCCUCCCAGAAUAUGGAUCCUGCAGCAUCCUCUUCAGCAGCAAUGCUCAAAGGAAGCGAGACAAGCGGAAGUAUGCCCAAAGGAUCCGUUUCAAAAAGGCUUCAACAAGAGCUGAUGACGCUAAUGAUGUCAGGAGACAAGGGGAUUUCAGCAUUUCCAGAGUCUGACAAUCUUUUCAAAUGGAUUGGUACAAUAGAUGGCGCUAAGGCAACGGUUUAUGAAGGUUUGAGGUACAAACUUUCUUUGGAGUUUCCUAGCGGGUACCCCUACAACGCCCCCCGGGUGAAAUUCAUCACUCCUUGUUUCCACCCAAAUGUUGAUGAGAAUGGUUUCAUCUGCUUAGACAUUUUGAAGGACAAAUGGUCCGCUCUGUAUGACGUCCGCUCCAUACUACUGUCUAUUCAGAGUUUAUUAGGAGAACCCAACAAUGAUAGUCCACUGAACACUGCAGCUGCUGAACUAUGGGAUGACCAGCAAGCCUUCAAAGCCCAUUUGCGUGCAACCUAUAAGAAUUAACCAUAAAGAUUAAACUUCUUCUGCCUGUUGUUUUAUGUCUUUUCUUGUUCAUAAUGUAAAUUUGAUAAUGGGUCUGUGUAUGUACAUUAUUUCUGUGUUAUACUAAACUUGCCUGAAUAAAAUG